AUGGACCCCACCGUUUCGCACAAUCCGCUGCUCCGUUUUUGCGAUUUCUCACAACCUCGACCACCACCACCACCACCCGGUGACCCAGCUCGGCGUGCACCUCCUUCGCGCCUGCCCACAGGGCAGGGCUGUGUCUGCAAGUUUGCUCCGAUUUACGCUAACCCAACCCAUUACCACAUGAUCGUGCUCGUGAAAGGUAUUGUUGCGUUCACCACCACUGUACUGCUAGUUGACCCUGUUGUCUACGCUUCUAUCCACACAUCGCCUAGGUGGAUGCCACAGCACGACAGGUGGUGCAUCUGCUGGCCAAAGAAAUACUGCACCCGCUUCUAG